AUGAAAGAGGACCUGGAGACCCUGUUGGCCUUGGAACGGGCCAACAUCAUAGCCAAUCACACUCAGGCACGCCCAGCAGGGUCUCCCCGGGGCCCACAGGAAGAUGCUGAGCUCUCGAUGUGCAGGCUCACGGACCAUCACGGCUUUCUGCAGGAGAAGGAGCUGCCCGGCCCCAGCCCCCACGAGGCAAAGCACCAUCGCCAGGAGACCCGGAGAGCCGACAAGUGGGUGAAGAUGCUGCGGAAAUGGGACCGCUACCGUCACAGUGAGAAGGUGGGGCGCCGCGUCCCCACAGAUGGCACUGUGUCCCGCCUGGGAAUGGGUGCCGCCCGGGCCUGUCUCACCAGCGCCGCCUUCUUUCCUGUAGAUGCGCGUCGUGUCUACAAAGGGGUCCCUCCGCAGGUGCGGGGUCAGCUGUGGGCCCUCCUGCUCGAUAUCGAGACGGUGAAGGCCACCAACCAAGGGGUAUACGAGGUAAGCCCUUCCACCCCCAGCAGAGGCAUGGCCCUUGGACGCGGCUCCUCCCCCCCGGUUCUGCCCACAGAAAAUGAAGAAGCAGGCCCAGCUCUUCUCCAAGGACAUCGGCAAAUUGAUCUGGACGUGAACCGGACCUUCCGAAACCACGUCAUGUUCUGGGACCACUAUGGCAUCAGGCAGCGAGCCCUGUUCCACGUGCUCUCGGCGUAUUCCAUCUACAACACCGAGGUGGGCUACUGCCAGGGCAUGAGCCAGAUCGUGGGGGUCCUGCUAAUGUUCCUGUCAGAGGAGGACGCAUUCUGGGCGCUGGCUCAACUGAUGACAACCGAGCGGCACACCAUGCACGGACGAGGAACAGAUGGGCACUGGCAUCUACACGGCCAAGUGGUUCCUUCAGUGCUUCAUCGACCGGACCCCCUUCUCGCUCACCCUGAAGCUCUGGGACGCCUACAUCCUGGACGGGGAGCGCGUGCUCACGGCCAUGGCCUACACCAUCCUCAAGAACGCCUCCUGAAGCUGCCCCUGGAAGGUCUUUGGGAGUUUCUCCAGGACACCCUGGCCCAGCCCUGGGCCCUGGACGAUGAGGGGGUGCUCAGACACCUUCGGGCCUCCAUGGCCCAGCUGAGAAGGAUGCAGUGCGACCUGCCCCCCCCCAGCCCCUACCUGGGCCACCCCGGGGGCCACACCACAGACCAGGCCCCGGAACACCCCUGGGACUCCCAGGACAGUGUCCACCCAGCCCAGGAAAGAGGCAGCUGUGGGGCCCAGGACACCCUUCCCGCCCUGCAGCCACAGCAGCUCAUGCCCGUCUCUGGGGAGUGA